GCCAGGGCUUGCAUCCUUACACAGCCUCCUCAUUGUGUGCUGGAGUACCCAGGCCUUGGCUUCCCCUGCCUAAAGCACUGAAUGCUAGACAACUGUUUGGGCCGCCGCUCUGCCAAGGCUCUUAGGGGCAGACUGGGCCUGAGCUCCCAAAGCUGUCUCAGAGACUGGGAAUGCUGUGCUGUUUGCAUUAAUAUGGGCCUGCUGGUGUGAAAAGUCGCCUCAGCCAAAAUAUGUUCCUCUUUUUUUUAAGAUGAUUGGCUUGCAUUUCCGACAACUCUCUCCGAAGACAUGCAUAUGCCUCAAUACACUUCUUUUCCAAAGGGUUCAUGUGUGUGCGCUCCCCCCCCCCUUCUCCUUAACCUUGGUCAUUUCAUUAUUUCAGGGGAUGCUUCUGAUUUUUUUUUCUUCACCUGCCAAUAAUGGCUUCCUCCCACCGUCACACACAUUUCCCCCAAUUACUGCGUGUCACCCCUCACCCUUUCCCCUCCCCCUCUCUCUCCAUUCAUUACGCUCCCCUCGCUGCCUGCCACAGUAACUCUCUCUCUCUCUUUUCUGCCACUGUAACUCUCUCUCUCUCUCUCUUUUCUACCACUGUAACUCUAGCUCUCUCCAUUUCUGUGUCAUUGGCUACCAUGGCAAGUCUCUUUCUCCCACUGACUGCUAUUUUAACAUUCUCUCUCUCUCUCUCUCUCUGUCUUUUCCUUCCAUAGUAACUGCCCCUCUCUACCCCUCCCUGUACCUCUCUACCCCUCCCUGUAUGUAUCCUGCCUGGUCAGUGGACCCUCUCGGCCUCCCCUCCAUGUGUGCUGAUCCGUGUGUGGUGGUCCGUGGCUGUUGGUGCUUUUGUGUGCAGGAUUAAUAUUUUAUGAGGGCCUUGAUGAGGGGUGUUCACGGCUUUGGGCAAACAGUCCCAGCUGAGCUCCCAGCGCUCCCAGCAUGCCUGUUCAUCACAAAACCCGCCUGGGAGCCUCGCUCUCCCCCUCUCUCUCCACGCCCUCCCUAACUAAAGCACAAUAGGCUGUCAUCAUUUUUCCUGCCAUGUCAAGUCAAGAAGCCUCUCCCUCCAUAGCUUUUGUGUGGUGCUGGGAUUUUGAAUUUCAGUUUAACGCCUUUGUUGGUGUCCCUUUCAGGCCACCAUUAGACUAUUAAAAUGUUGUGGUGAGCUGCAAAGUCUUUUGUAUUUUUUUUUUUUUUAAGCCUUUAAAUGAGAUUCUCCCAAGUCACUGGAAACCUCACAUCUCAUAUUGCACUGCUGUUUUAAUCACAGACAGCUUGUUAGCUGUGACGGAUUAAAUGUCCUAAACACGGUGCUAAAACAUUGAGGAUUGUUUUGGGGGGAGUGCGGGGGGAUUCUGGCACUUUUGGGGCUCGCUAUUCGUUUUAAUUGUCAUUGUUAAAACCCAAAGUAUCUAUGUCAAACACCGGUUUAGCGGUGGCAGGCGGUUGCCAAUAUCCAUCUGUCACUCCAGCUGCGGUGCCGAAGGCGGGGUUAUGGUUCCUGGUCGAAGGGUACGCGGACGUAAAGACCCUAAACUGGGCGGAGAUAUUGUAUUCAUCAGUGCGGUUAAGUUCUCGCCCAUACGCGAGAAAAUUAAAUAUUAAGUAUCACGACCCCGCCUGUUAGAAAGCAGCUUCAUUGAAAACUCUGUUUUGGGGGGUGCGUAAAAACGCUCCGCCUAUUCCCACCAGUCUGCUCUCACUGCUACCUCUAAUCUCCGCCGCUUGCGAACAAUGUAGCGCACACAUAAUGGGAUUUAUAGACUGUGUUGGCUAGAGUCGGGUGUCGGUUUUUAUAAUUUCUCCGCUCUUCGGUGCUGUUGUUUUUGGAUUGCGCGUUAACACGGGGUCGGAUGGGACUCCGGGGAAUGAGCCGCGGCGUCUUUGAAUGAACAGGUAAGGGGGUGCCAUGCCAGCUCCCGCUCCCCCGUCGCCUCUUCCCCUCGCCAUCUGGUGGAGGCCCCUCGCACUGCUCCUGCUCUUCCUCCUGCUGCUGCUGCCGCCAACGCCGACCCUGACCACCGCGGCGGCGCCCGACUCCGCGACCUCCGCUUCCGGCGCGGCCUCCCUCCCUCGCUCCGUCACCCUAAACGGCGGCGCCCCCCUGAGCCACCUCCUGCUGGACCCGCGCUCGGGCCAGGUGUACGUGGGCGGGGUGAACGCCCUGUACCACCUGUCCCCGGACCUGCGCCUGCUCUCCCAGGGCCAGACGGGCCCUCGGCUGGACAGCCCCGACUGCCUGCCGCCUAUCGACCCCAAAGACUGCACCCAGGCCCGCCAAACAGACAACACCAACCAGAUCCUGCUGCUGCAGGACGGCGAGGACGAGCCCCUGGCGGAUGAGGGCGGGGAGGCCGCGGAGCUCCGGACGCGCUGGCGCAGCCUGAUCGUGUGCGGCACGGUGCUGCAGGGCAUCUGUGAGAAGCGCAGUCUGGCCGACGUGGCACGCGUGCUCUACAACACCUCCAACCCCGUGGACACGCAGUACGUGGCCGCCAACGACCCGCGCGUCUCCACCGUGGGAGUGCUGGUACAACCCCAGCAGCAGCACGGCCAGGCGCCCCUCAUGCUGGUGGGCCGCGGCUACACCAGCAAAGGCCCCGGGGGCAUCCCCCCCAUCACCACACGCCGCCUGCUCCCCAGCGCGCACCACUCGGCCCCGGCCUUUUCACACGAGGAGCUGGGCAAGCUGGUGGUGGGCACCUACUCCGAGUACAACAACCACUAUGUGGCCGCGCUGCAGCACGAGCGCCACGUCUACUUCCUGCUGUCGCGCCGCGACGUCGCGCACUCCAAGGAGUACCACACGUACGUGUCGCGCCUGUGCAUCGACGACCCCAGCUUCUACUCCUACGUGGAGCUGCCGCUCGCCUGCACCGGGGGCUACAACCUGGCGCAGGCCGCCGCCCUCGGCAGCCACCGCGACAGGCCCGCGCUCUUCGUCGCCAUGGCGGCCGGGCAGGCGUCCACCCCGACCCCGACGGCCCGCUCGGCGCUGUGCGUGUACGACAUGGAGCGCCUGAACAAAGCCCUGAAGCGGACGCAGGAGCUGUGCUACACCCAGGAGGGUCGCGGGGCAACCAACCAGGAGGAGGCCUACAUCGAGUACGACGUGUCCUCCAAGUGUCUGCGCCUGGCCCAGUCCUCGGUGACAGAGUACCCCUGUGGGGGGGAACACACCCCCAGCCCCAUCGCCAGCGCCGUGCCCCUGGCUACUGACCCCGCCCUCACCCGCACCACCCUGCUCACUGCCGUCGCCACGGCUACCGAGGCUGGACACACUAUCGCUUUGCUCGGAGACAAGGCAGGGCAUCUGCACAAGGUGUUCCUGCAGGCGAACGGCACAGGUAGUCUGUACGACUCGGUGACUGUGGACGAGAGGAGUGCCAUCAACGCUGACCUCCUGCUGGACUCCGCUGGACAGAGCAUCUAUGUCCUGACGGAGAAAAAAGUCACCAGGCUGCCGGUGGCUCAGUGCUCCCGCCACACAGACUGUGAAUCCUGUCUGUCCGUCAGAGAUCCCUACUGCGGCUGGUGUGUGCUGGAGGGCAGGUGUUCCCGUAAGAUGGAGUGCCAACGCCACACCCAAUCCAACCAUUGGUUAUGGAGCUACCACCAAGGCCAGCAGUGUGUGUCCGUGCAGAGUCUGGUGCCUUCCAGCCAGAGCAGAGAGAAGCAGACGCAGGUGUCUUUCACAGUAGCACAGCUCCCCACGCUGUCAGGAGAUGAGUCUCUCACCUGCUCUUUUGGGGGCCUGCCAUCCCAGCCCGCGGUUGUCACGGACAACAGGAUCACCUGUCAGUCACCCAAACCGGAGCUCCUCCCCCCAAGCCCUCCAGGCAGUGAUCACAUGGCUCUCAGAGUGUCACUGAUGUUUGGCGAUGUGGCCAUCUCGCACACAAACCUCACCUUCUACGACUGUAGAGCUGUGGGCCGGCUCAAUGCAACCUCCCCGUGUAUGGCAUGUGUGGGGAGCAGGUGGCCAUGUCACUGGUGUGCCCUGGAUGAGGUGUGCACUCACCAGAGGAGCUGCCCACACCAACCCAUCAUAUAUAAUUCGGGGGAGGAUUCGUCUCCGCGGGGUGUGGACUCGUGUCCGCGUGUGUGGGCUCUGCAAGGCUCUCCUCUGGUGCCUGUGGGCUUUGAUAAGGAACUCUACCUGCUGGGGAAGAACCUGGAUAUGUUUGAGGACGAGGAGGAUUACGUGUGCGUUGUGGAGAUCGAGGGCAGGUCGCUGUUGCUGCCCGCCACGCUCAUCCGAGGGGAGAAGCAGACACACACCUUUAAGUGCUCCGCUCAACAGUAUCAAUACUCAGCGAAGCAGUUGGAGUAUUCUGCUCCAGUGUACUUGCUGAGAGGGAGUCGGCGCAUUGACUCCGCACCCAACAUACAGCUGCAACUGUACAACUGUUCGGUGGGCCAGUCGGACUGCAGUCAGUGUCGGGCGGUGGCUCCUGCGUACAGGUGUGUGUGGUGUGGAGGAGAGAGCCCGGGGUGUGUGUACAGUGACGCCUGCACUGCCAGUCACGAGGACAGCUGCCCACCCCCACUCAUCACCAAGAUCCAGCCCACCACAGGGCCUCUGGAGGGGGGCAUCCACGUGAGCAUAUGGGGGUCCAACUUGGGCCAGCGCUUCGAGGACAUCCAGCAUGGGGUGACUGUGGCCGGGGUGAGGUGUGAGCCUCUGCCUGAGGGCUACCUCAUAUCCACCAGGAUUGUGUGUGAGCUGCAACCCAGCAGACAGAUUAAAGGGCCCGUCAUGAUCACUGUGGGAGAUUCUCCACCAGGACAGUCACAGCAGUCAUUCACUUAUCAAGACCCUCACCUGCUAGGCAUUGAGCCCGAUAAGGGCCCUGUGUCGGGUGGCACCCUUCUGACCGUAAAGGGCUCCCACCUGCUCACCGGACAGAAGAGCGACCUCAAGGCCUUCAUAGGACAGCAGCCCUGCGUCAUAAAGGAGGAAAUGAACGACACCCAGCUGGUCUGCCGCACCAGCCGCGCUAACCACACCACUGAGCUCACGGUCCGGGUCCUCUUCGGCAAGGCGGAGAGGACUGUGGGAAACGCGGUGUUCCGCUAUUUAAAGGACCCCAUUAUUACGGAUGCCGCCCCUGCCGAGAGCUUCUACGGGGGCGGACGGAAGAUCACAGUGAGAGGGGAGAACUUUGACAUUAUCCAGCAGCCAAUGAUGUCCAUGUGGGUGGAGCCGGUGGGCAACUUCCUGGUGCGAAGGAGACGAUACUUGUCUCUAAAAGGUCCCCAUGUGGCCUUCAACAGUAGCAGGAUAAAGAAACAGGAGCGCUGUGUUGACGUGAUGUCAGACCGGAUGACCUGCCUGACCCCAAAGGUUCCUCGAGACUGGAAGGUGGUCAGCGUGUGGUUCGAGCUGGACAACCUGGAGCUGGACUUUGAAAGCAUCACGGGGAAGAAAUUCACAUUCCACCCCGACCCAACGCUUUCCGACCUAGCAGACGCCCCCUAUCGCUUCAAACCAGGAGGAGUGAUCGCCGUGGAGGGUGAAGGUCUGAUGCUGGCCAUGACCCGUGAGGAGGUGGUGGCUCGGCUGGGGAACCAAAAGUGUGAGGUGAAGACGCUGGACAGUACACACCUGUACUGCGAACCUCCAGAGGAACAGCCACUUGGCACAGACGAGUCAGAGUUGCCCAGACUGCAAGUGGAGAUGGGGGAGCUGGUGUAUGACCUGGGCCCAGUGCAGUAUGACACAGAUGACCCGUCCCCCGUGCCCCUGGCUGCUCAGGUGGGGCUGGCGGCCAGCGCUGCAGUGGUGGUGCUGGUGGUGCUGGUCAUCAUCCUCAUGUACAGGAGGAAGAGUAAGCAGGCCCUGCGAGACUACAAGAAGGUUCUGGUCCAGUUGGAGACGCUGGAGAUCAAUGUUGGCGAUCAGUGCCGGAAAGAGUUCACAGACCUGAUGACUGAGAUGAUGGACCUGAGCAGUGAUGUGGGGGGGCCGGGGAUCCCCCUGCUGGACUACCGCACAUACGCGGAGCGCAUCUUCUUUCCUGGCCAGAAGGGGGCACCACUGAGCCAGAACCUGGACCUGCCCGACUCGCGGCGGCAGACGGUGGAGCAGGGCCUGGGCCAGCUCAACAACCUGCUCAACAACAGGCUCUUCCUCAUCCGGUUCAUCCACACGCUGGAGGCCCAGCAGAGCUUCUCGCAGCGCGACCGCGGCUACGUGGCCUCGCUGCUCACCAUGGCACUGCACGACAAGCUGGAGUACUUCACCGACAUCAUGAAAACGCUGCUGGGCGACCUGGUGCAUCAGUACGUGGACAAGAACCCCAAGCUCAUGCUGCGCAGGACUGAGACCGUGGUGGAGAAGAUGCUGACCAACUGGAUGUCCAUCUGUCUCUACUCCUUCCUCAAGGAGGUGGCAGGAGAGCCUCUAUACAUGCUCUACAGGGCUAUUAAGUACCAGGUGGACAAAGGGCCAGUGGAUGCUGUGACAGGCAAGGCUAAACGCACACUAAAUGACAGCCAUCUCCUGAGGGAAGACAUCGACUACACAUCCAUGACCCUGACGGUGAUGGUGAAGACUGGUGUGGAGGUGCAGGCCUGCCCGGUGAAGGUGUUGGACAUUGACACCAUCACCCAGGUGAAGGACAAGAUCCUGGACCAGCUCUACAAAGGGAUGCCCUAUUCACAGAGACCCUCAGCCGACUCUCUGGAUCUGGAAUGGAGGGCAGGCCAGGCAGGCCACCUGACCCUGUCAGAUGAUGAUGUGACGGGCAUCAUCCAGGGUCGCUGGAAAAAAAUCAACAGCCUGCAGCACUACAAGGUCCCAGAUUUGGCCACAGUAGCACUCAUACCUCGCUCUCAGAGCUCCGUCGUCAUGGGCAUCAAUCAGGUCUACCAGACUGGGGAGAAGACCCCCAUGCUGGAGGGGGAGGAGGAGGAGGGCCAGCGGCUGUGGCACCUGGUCAAGUCCAGCGAGGACCCAGAGAUCCCCAAACACCGCAAGAGCAGCAUGAGGGAGAGAGAGAGGGCCAAAGCCAUCCCUGAGAUCUACCUCACACGCCUGCUCUCCAUGAAGGGCACUCUGCAGAAGUUCGUGGACGACGUGUUUGUGGCCAUCCUCAGCACCAAGCGGCCGCCGCCCAUUGCCGUCCGGUACUUCUUCGACUUCCUGGACGACAUGGCAGAGAAGCAUGGCAUUGAUGACCCAGAGACGGUUCAUAUCUGGAAAACCAACAGCCUUCCUCUGAGGUUCUGGGUGAACAUCCUGAAGAACCCGCAGUUUGUGUUCGACGUGCAGGUCACGGACAGCGUGGACGCAGUUCUCUCAGUCAUCGCACAGACCUUCAUCGACUCCUGCACCACCUCGGAGCACAAAGUGGGGCGGGACUCUCCCGUUAAUAAGCUCCUGUAUGCCAGGGAGAUUCCCAGGUACAAGCAGCUGGUGGAGAGGUAUUACAGUGACAUUCACAGCUCCGGUUCAGGCUGCUACCAGGAGAUGAACUCGACACUCACUGAGCUAUCGGGAAGCUUUGCGUCUGAGAUGAACAGUGUGGUGGCCCUGCAUGAACUCUACAAGUACAUAAACAAGUACUACGACCAGAUCAUCAUGUCGCUGGAGGAGGAUGCGGCGGGACAGAAGAUGCAGUUGGCCUACCGGCUCCAACAAGUCGCCGCUCUUGUGGAGAACAAAGUCACUGACCUGUGACUCCCCCCAUGACCUUUGAACCUUGACUCCUGAACUUACACUCUGUGUCUGAGUAACUGAGUGGUUGACCAGGAGGAUGAAUCUGACCAAUGAACUGCCUGUCGUGCAAAACUCCAAUCAACGGGUGAAAGCCAGCAGUUGAACCAAAAUGAAAACUCUAAGCUGUCUUCACUUCCUGCCCUGACAUGUGAUACACCCCAUCUCUGGCAUCUGUUUGGAACAGUGGGAAGUAAAAGGGAAAGGCGUGCAUUACUGGGAAUAGCAACAUGAAAUGGACAAGAUAUGGGAACUGUACUGGAAGGACAUUUACAAUGCCACAGAGAUCUGUGUUACUCUUUCUUGUCUUUGUGUUGGUUCAUUUGAAGUGUGUUUUUAUCAGGAGAGUGUGUAUGUGUAAGGUGAGCUUGGCUAAUUCUUCCUUAAAUUAAUAUAUUGGAUACAUUAAUAUUAGGGGUGGGAGGGAGGUGUUGAGUAUUUAUUUGUGGUUGAAUGCUCCUUCAUAAGCUCAAAUGCUUGUUUGUGCCCAGCUCAGUCAGGCUGUACCACUGCUACUGAUAUCAUGUGAGGUGCCAAUGUGGUAACCACUAAAUGUAAAGUAUACAUACCACUGAAAGAACCAGUAUCUUACUUUUACAUUUUGAAAAAGAAUCACCUCCUUGACAACUAUUCUCAUAUCAUCUGAUGUGUGAGAGUUUGCUGUAUCCCUUCAAAUUGUACUGAAUUUAGUGGAACUUAGUUUUCCAGUGUACUUAAAAUGGAAGUGUAAUUCACUUACAUUAGGAGAUAAUCAGACUUAGAGGGGGGGGGGGUAGUAUCAAAAACGUUAACCAGCCAUCGCCAUGGUUACUGAGUGCAAGUGCCAAAGCAAGUGAUGUUUCCUCAUAUUGAUCACACACUUUUUAAAAUACAAACAGGAAUGGUGUGUGUGUGUGUGUGUGUGUGUGUGUGUGUGUGUGUGUGUG